GGAUUCUCAUUCUCAGUCGUCGUCUAGGGUUUCGAAAUGACAACGGAUUAUAAAGGUAACGGUCAAAACGACUCCGCUCGUUCUUCUCAGUCGUCACUGACAUCGACGGAGGAAACAACCACCAAUUCUCUUCAUCUCCCGCAUCUUCCGUUCGAUCUGGUCGUAGAAAUACUGUGCAGACUCCCCGUCAAACACCUCCUUCAACUCCGCUGCCUCUGUAAAUCAUGGAAUUCUCUUAUAUCCGGAGAUUCCAAGUUCGCCAAGAAGCACCUCCGCUUGUCAACCUCUAACCAGGAACGCCACCACCUCAUCGGAAUCCCUAAGUCCACAAAGGAGUUGGUUCUAUGUCAUUCUCCAAUCUCCUCUAUCUUCUGCUCCGCAUCAACUACUUGUGUCGAACUGUUCAGCUACUCUCUAGGAGAUAUUCUUAUCAAAGGUGGAGCUUCCACUUGUGAUGGCAUCAUAUGUUUUAGGAUAGGUAAUUCUCUUGCUCUUUUGUGUAACCCUUUCAUUAAAAAAUUCAAAAUAUUGCCUCCUUUGAAAUUUCCACCGCAAGUAUUUACCAUAUAUACAAUAGUGUAUGAUCGUUUCACCAAUAAUUAUAAGAUUAUUGCUGUUGACACGCCUAGGAGAAAAGUAAAUGUCAAUGUUCAUACUUUGGGUACUGAUUACUGGAGAAGGAUUUCGGGCUUCCCAGGUUCUGACCUCAUUCCUAUGCCUAGACCAGGAAUAUUUGUGAAUGACUCUGUUAAUUGGUUGGCAUUGGAUGAUGUUCGUUUCGCAUCGAUCAUUGUUUCUCUUGAUUUGGAGAAAGAGUCCUAUCAAAAGCUUCCUUUGCCUUCAUUGCCUGCCUUUUAUAUGCAAUUCACAACUUCUUUUAGGACCUUAGGGACAUUGAGGGGUUGUUUGUCCCUCCUCUUUGACAGAAGGGACAGGUUUUCUGAUGUUUGGAUUAUGAAGGAAUAUGGAAAUGAAAAGUCUUGGACUAAAUUAUUAACUGUUCCUCCCAUGGAAGAACCUGGUUUUUAUGGCUUUACUAUGGCAUUAUAUAUUUCAAAGGAUGACCAAGUGUUGAUGGAGUUUCUCAAGAAGAAGAAAUAUAGUUUGGUUGUUUAUGAUUCCAUAAAUAAUACUUUUAACAUUCCUAAAUUUCAAAACAACAACCAUGGUGAAAUGGUGGCACAAGAAGUCUAUAUUGAGAGCUUGAUAUCACCUUUGUAGAUGUUGUGCUAUGUGACCUCGUGUAGAGGCUCAAAUGCAGCCUAUAGAUUACUGAUUACUAUUGGCGACUGCAUGGGUUACUCUUAAUUUAUGUUGUAUGGAACGUGCCACUUAUGAAAUUGUUGCUAUGUUAUUUUUCAUUUAUUUGUUAGUUAGAGCGGUCGGUUUUGUCGCCGCACAUUA